CACCGGGCUUUCCAGCUGGAGUAGGGCUACGUCCGCUCCCAGCCCCGGCGUCACGUAGUCGGGGUGGACGAUGACCCGGCUGACAUUCAGCAGCUCCCGGCCCCCAUAGAGAUACACGUCCCCGGCGUGGAUCCGGUCCACACAGCAGCCCAGCCCUGGGUCAGAUCCUCUUUGAGUGGCCAGAGCAGAUGGUCCUCUUCCUCAAACAGAAUGCCUGUGACCCUGGCCCAUCAGGACAUCCCGGCAGGUGCAGGUCACUAUGGGGGGCUGGAUGGUCCUCCUCCCCAGACUCCACCCAGGGCUGCAUAAUGGAAUCCGCCCCAACUCCAGGAACAAGCCUCUCCGUGGUGACUCAAAAAAGCAACUCUGAGCCCUGCCCCGGCCCCCGCCUGCUGAGCUCCUGGCUCUGCGUGGCCUCUGGGUGGCCGGUGAUGCCAGCGGUGACACUUACUGAGUCCUCAGGGCUGGCCGUGACUCGGGAACCACAAGGAAGGUGGCUGGGGAGACAGCACACCCAGGCCUGGGGCCACCUCCAGCCAGGGAGUUGGGGGCGGGCCCUGAGCUCUGCUUCAGGGGCCCCAAGCCAGGCUGUCCCGUAUGUCCUCAGCCCUGCCUGUCCAGGGGGCCUGGGCAGAUGGCACUGGUGUGGACAGGGGCUGGGAAGAGCCAGGAGGUGCUGGAGAAACAGCCCAGGGGAGGCCCGGAGGGAGAGAAAGACGUGACAGCCUCAUCCAUCAGUGCCAGCGGGCAGCAGCCCUGAGGUCACCCAGCAUGUGUGUGCACAUGGAACCCUGUCACCCAUCAGUACCAGCUUCCUCAGUGUGGGCUCAGCUUUCACAGACCUGGAGAGUCCUGCCCACCUGCUUCCAGGGUCCUGGGAAGAUGCUUCCUGCGCGCAGGUGAGUCCGCUCCUCAUCCAGGGUGUCCGCUGCUCUUCCCCUGGCACCCUGCACUCUGGGUCCCUGCUGCCCACACGGGGUCGCCCUGGGUGACGGGGCCCGCCGAGCUGCACCUCCUCGAUUGGGAGACCAUUUCCUGAGGGUGUUUUAAUGGAGCCGUGGAGUUUGCCAUGAACAUAACAUCUGCACCGAUGUGACAAACGGAAAAACACUCAUCUUCUUUCAAUGUGAAGUCAUUUUGGUUUUGGUUUUGGUUUUGGUUUUUGUUUUUUGAGACAGAGUCUCACUCUGUCGCUCAGGCUGGAGCACAGCGGCUUGAUCUCGGCUCACUGCAACCUCUGCCUCCUGGGUUCAAGUGAUUCUCCUGCCUCAGCCUCCAGAGUCACUGGGACUACAGGCGCGAGCCACCGCGCCCGGCUAACUUUUUGUGUUUUUGUAGAGAGACAGCGUUUCACCAUGUUGGCCAGGAUGGUCUUGAUCUCCUGACCUCAUGAUCCACCUGUCUCUAUCUCCCAAAGUGCUGGGAUUACAGGCAUGAGUCACCUCGCCCGGCCAUGAAACAGGUUUUAAGGUAAAAGACCUAGGCCAAACAUAAACGUUCGAAGUAGAUAUUCUGCGUAAUUCUAGACCCUGCAGUCACCGUCCUCGCCACCCAGCGCCACCUCCCCUGACUCCACACAUGUGGUCACGAGAGGGAGCUUCGCAGUGACGGGACUGCCGCCGACACGCAGGCAGAGAUGUCAGGCUUAAUGGCGCCCUGCAGCCAGCUGUAUGGAUUUAGGGAAACAUUUCACCAGCUCUUCAUGGACAGUUAGACAGUUUCCAGUAAUUUGCUGUUAUAAAUAAUAAUGAAAAGAAGGUUCCUGCACGUACAGAAGAUGUGUGCUUCUCCCAGUUAAUUACACACAAUGCACAAUGCUCAGUCAGAUGGGUCUGAGUCCAAAACGAAACCCAAGCUGAGAUUGUGGAGCCACUGGGAUCCAUCUACUCACCCACGCUCCCAUCCAUCCAUCCACUCAACGUGCACCCAUCCAUCCACUCACCCAUCCAUCCAUCCACUCAUCCAUCCAUCCACUCACCCAUCCACCCAUCCACUCAUCCAUCCAUCCACUCACCCAUCCAUCCACUCACCCAUCCAUCCAUCCACUCACCCAUCCAUCCAUCCACUCAUCCAUCCAUCCACUCAACCAUCCAUCCACUCACCCAUCCAUCCAUCCACUCAUCCAUCCAUCCACCAACUCACCCAUCCAUCCACCAACUCACCCAUCUGUCCACUCAUCCAUCCAUCCACCAACUCACCCAUCCAUCCAUCCAUCCAUUCACCCAUCCUCCCAUCCACCCACCCAUCUAUCCACCAACUCACCCAUCCAUCCAUCCAUCCACUCACUCACCCAUCCAUCCAUCAACUCACCCAUUCAUUCAUCCAUCCUCCCAUCCACUCACCAAUCCAUCCACCCACUCACGCAUCCAUCCAUCCACUCACUCAUCCAUCCAUCUACCAACUCACCCAUCCAUCCAUCCAUUCACCCAUCCUCCCAUCCACUCACCCAUCCAGCCAUCCACUCACCCAUCCAUCCACUCACCCAUCCAUCCAUCCACUCACUCACCCAUCCAUCCACCAACUCACCCAUCCAUCCACCAACUCACCCAUCCAUUCACCCAUCCUCACAUCCACUCACCCAUCCAUUCAUCCACUCACCCAUCCAUCCAUCCACUCACCCAUCCAUCCAUCCACUCACUCACCCAUCCAUCCACUCACUCACCCAUCCAUCCACCAACUCACCCAUCCAUUCACCCAUCCAUCCAUCCACUCACUCACCCAUCCAUCCACCAACUCACCCAUCCAUUCACCUGUCCACCCAUCCACUCACCCAUCCAUCCAUCCACUCACCCAUCCAGCCACCCACUCAUCCAUCCAUCUACCAACUCACCCAUCCAUCCAUCCACUCACCCAUCCUCCCAUCCACUCACCCAUCCAUCCACUCACCCAUCCAUCCAUCCACUCACUCAUCCAUCCAUCUAUCCACCAACUCACCCACCCAGCCAUCCACUCAUUCAUCCAUCCAUCCAACUCACCCAUCCAUUCACCAUCCUCCAAUCCACAAACCCACUCACCCAUCUACCCACUCAUCCAUCCACUCACUCACCAAUCCACCCACUCACUUACCUACCCAUCCACUCAUUCAUUCACUCACCCACCUAUCCAUCCAUUCUUUUUUUUUUUUUGGAGAUAGAGUCUUGCUCUGUGACACAGAGUGGAGUGUAGCAGUGUGACCUCGGCUCACUGCAACCUCCAUCUCCUGGGUUUAAGUGAUUCUCCUGCCUCAGCCUCUCAAAUAGCUGGGAUCACAGGCUCAAGCCACCACACCCAGCUAAUUUUUCUUCUUUUUUAGUAGAGAUGGGGUUUUCCUAUGUUGGCCAGGCUGGUCUUGAACGCCUGACCUCAAGUGAUUCACCUGCCUCAGCCUCCCAAAGUGCUAGGAUUAUAAGCAUGAGGGUUGGGUUAGGGUUAGGGUUAGGGUUAGCUCUGGGAAGUGUGGCUGCAGGAGACAGGGGACGGCCAGACACUGGACCCCAGGCAGCCUCGCUUCUCUGGCCCUGGUGGGUGGGAGUGGCCAGGGUGUCUGGGAAGGACCAGCUCCCACAUAUUCCACCUCCCCAGGAACCGCAGAUACCCCCCGGGGUGUGCACAUCAUCUGGAGGGGGAUGAGGAGCCAGGUCACCCCAGCCCUUCUCAGCCGUGCUUCUCUGGUGCUGAGCUCAGGGAGGGUGUGAUCAGCGCUGGGGGAGGAUUCUCCAGCGUGUGCAGGAAAGCCUUGCUCAGCCCCGUCCUGCCUCAGUUCCCUGGGACAGGGCUGGGGCCUGUGACUUAGGAUUAACCGGCUGACAGAAGACAUAUCAUUAACGUUCUUUCCUCACUAUGAAAAUAGCUUUCUUGUUCAUUUUACGCGGGCAAUGCCAGUUUGCUAUACAGGUUCCAAAGACGCAGUGGGAGCCCAGGGUGUCCGGCCUCUCCCUCGGGCACAGGUGGUUCUCCCGGCCGGCCCCACCCUCUGUCCUGCCUGCAGGCUCAUCGUUUCAACCCAGCCAUACCUGAUGCCUCCGGGAACCACUCAGGCUUCCCUUAGGGAUGAAUCUCACUGACACCCAGGGGAGCCACCUCUGGUUCUUUUGAGGACCCUUCCGUCUAUGACACCACCUCCCACUGCAUUUCUUUUCUUUUCUUAAAUUUUUUUGGUAUAGAGUCUUGCUCUGUUGCCAGACUAGAGUGCAGUGGCAUGAUCUGGGCUCAUUGCAACCUCUGCCUCCUGGAUUCAAGCUGUUCUCCCACCUCAGCUUCCCCAGUAGCUGGGAUUACAGGAGCCCACCACUGCAUCUGCCUAAUUCUUGUAUUUUUAGUAGAGAUGGGGUUUCACCAUCUUGGCCAGGCUGGUCUCGAACUCCCGACCUCCUGAUCCACCUGCCUUGGCCUCCUGGCGGCAUUUCAAAUCCCUGUCACACACUCACCACCCUCCAGGCCCUGAAAUCAGGUAGAACAAGUUUAUUCCCCAAUAGUCCAGGACAGGCCACCUUAGUGGCAUCAGGAGAACCAAUGAAUAAGGGAAUGAAUGAGAGCCUGAAAAUGACUGCAUGGUGUGUGAAUCUGCCAACACCCUCACUUGGUAAUGGGGUACACUGCAUAAAACACAAUAGGGGUGGGGCAUGAUGGCUCACACCUGUCACCCCAGCACUUUGGGAGGCCGGGGCAGGUGGAUCACCUGAGGUCAGGAGUUCAAGACCAGCGUGUCCAACACAGCAAAACCCCAUCUCUACUGAAAAUACAAAAAUCAGCUGGGCGUGGUGGGCACCUGUAAUCCCAGCUCCUCCGAGGGCUGAGGCAGGAGAAUCGCUUGAACUCAGAGGGUGGAGGUUGCAGUGAGCUGAGAUUGUGCCACUGUACUCCAGCCUGGGUGACAGGGCCAGACUGUACAACAGCAACGCCACGAUAAGGAGUGAUGGCCCCGAGGUUGGGGAAGAGUCUCUGAAUCUCUCACCCGCCCAGACUCCACCUGCCCCAGCCCAGGCCUGCCCCGUUCCCCCAGCACUCAGGUUUCCCAAAUGGAAGAGCUGGGACCACCCACUCUGCAGCCACAAAGACCACUCUGACCACCAGCCUGUGUAGGCAGACAGUUUAAUGAGAUAGUCACAGCCGGAUGGCACCCCAGCACCACAGAGGCCGCCACCCUCCUCUUGGGACCCGCGGAG